AUGAAGAUCUACUCUGUUCGAGUAGAAGUCAUUGGCUACCCAUUUCUCUUGCAUUUGGGGCCAGAAGAUGCAUCCGAGAUGGAGGAACAUGGAGAAACCAUGCAGCAUGCUGGGGAAAGUGAGGCUUGUAUCCUGCCGGAGCAGAAUAGUAAAUUGAUUGACUCAACAGAAGCCAAACUUGACAUUUCGGAGGAAGAAUUUAUUUCACCCUGGCACUCUCUGGGCGGCUGCCAAUGGCCUGUGGGUGCAGGUGCUGCUCCCUGUCGCCCACCAUGGGAGACCAGCCCGUACGUGGGGGCUGGUGCCUACACAGUGCUGAGGGUCAGCGAGGGCUGCCUGGAGCAAGCGAGGUGCUCCCUGGGUCACGUAUCUGACCUGCAUGGCCGCGACACAACAUCCCUGCCUGGAUUUGAGAACCUCACCAUGGGAUACAACAAAUACCUCAGGCCCUACUUUGGUGGAGAACCUGUUCAAAUUGCCAUGAGCCUGGACAUUGCAAGUAUUUCUAGUAUAUCUGAAAGCGACAUGGAUUACACAGCUACUAUAUAUUUGCGGCAGCGCUGGACAGACCCCCGGUUGGUCUUUCAUGGCAACAAGAGCUUCACGCUAGAUGCUCGUCUGGUGGAAUUGCUCUGGGUACCAGACACGUACAUCGUGGAGUCAAAAAGGUCCUUCCUGCACGACGUCACCGUGGGGAACCGCCUCAUAAGAUUGUUCUCUAAUGGCACCAUCUUGUAUGCCUUAAGGUAG